AUGGCACCCGCUCCCGCUCCCGCUCCCUCUCCUGCCCUCGCUCCGCCGUCCUCGCCGGUCGCCCCGGCCUCCGGCCGCCCCCUAGCCACCACACAACCCCCCGUCGUCCACGCCGCGGACCUCACGCUCGCCACUAACCCCCUGGACGAGCUCAUACUGUCCGCGGCUCCACCACCCUCGCCAUUCUUCGACCUACCCUACGUCAAGGCCGGGCAGGUAGCGCUCCGAUGCUUCCUGGGCUGUGGCAACGCCAUGGGCUUGGAGUUCGAAGAUGAUUGUUCCUACUACCUACGACUCGACAUCACCACUCCGGCCCUCCACCUCGCCUCGCCGCUCUACAUCGCCUUCGACUACUCAAACCGCAGCCUCGACGCCCUUGUGGUCGCCGCGUUGCUACAGGCCGUUCUGGGCGGCUCUGUCGCUCACUUCUUCGUCGCACAAUGCUCUCCUCUCGUCUUCCGCUUCCACGUUGCUUCGGCGCGUGUUGCAGAAAUCAUCCUUGCUCAAACCACUAUACGUUGCCGCCACUACUCCUUCUCUUUCGUUAGGAAACUGCCCUCCUUCCCGCAUCCACCGCACUCUGCCGCCACAUGCAUGACGCUUGCCCAGCUGCUCCAAAUCCCCGACGACCUGGGGUUCCAAUUUGAAGCUGUCGCCUGGUCGCAGCUACGUUCCCAGGUUACCGUCCGUUCGGGCUGCCAAUCCCAUGGCUGCCGAAUGUACGCACGUGUCAUCCAAUUCCCAUUCACUCUCAAUGCCGUCACCAUGGCCCUCGUCCUUGCUCAUCUGUUUGGCGGCUCCUACCUGCAUUUCAACACCACCGACGAUGGCGACUCAUGCUUCUCCUUCACCGUUGCUUCACCCGCCAUCGCCAAGCUGAUCGCCUCCAUGGGUGAUUUCCACAAGCGGGGCAUGCCGAUCCGCUUCCCAUGGCCUCAGCUCAUGGGUGGUGCCCAACGCCCUCUUCGUGCUGCGGUCAAGAUCCCGUCGCUUGGUCCCGUGUCUUCCUCUUCGUCGCCGUUUGCUUUUGCAACACUGCCAACACCGUCAUCAACUCUGGAUUUGCCUAAGACCUAA